AUGAUCGUCAGGAGUGUUUUGUGUGUGCUGAGCCUGCUGUGCUGUACCGGCGUCUCAGGGAAGGCAAUUUAUUAUGAAGAAAAGCCACCAACUCCCGAAGAGCUCAGCUUUUUAAAGAAGUAUGGCUAUCUAUCCUCACCUGACGAUCAAGGAGAUGGUGAAGACACCGACUACGCGUACACGCCGCACUCUAUAUCCGACGCCCUGAAGAGAAUGCAAGCGUUUGCUGGUCUUCCGGAAACUGGCACCCUGGAUCCUGAGACUAAACAGCUCUUCAACAAAAAGCGUUGUGGAGUGAAAGACAUUGAGACGUCACCAGCAUCUACAAGGAGUCGGAGAUACAUCUUACAGCAAGCAUGGAACAAGAAGUCUAUCACCUACAGAGUGGUGAACGGCUCCAGUACUAUGGACAAGUCACGAGUCGAGGCGUGGAUGGAAGUAGGACUCGGGAUAUGGGCACCGCACGGAGACUUGCGCUUCAUUCGCAUUGAGGAAGGGCGAGCUGAUAUACAGGUCUCAUUUGUAAGCGGCAACCAUGGAGACGGGUUUCCAUUUGACGGUCCGGGUCAUAUAGUAGCACAUGCCUUCCCUCCGCCACACGGAGCUAUGCACUUCGAUGAUGAAGAAACAUGGGGUGACAACCCUGAAGAGGAAAACGAAGACGUCACGGACUUCUUUGCCGUCGCUGUGCACGAGAUAGGCCAUGCGCUAGGGUUGUCUCACUCCAAAGAGAAGUCGUCCGUGAUGUACCCGUACUACCAGGUGCCAGUUGAGAGGCUGCAUAUUGAUGACAUUUUAGGGAUGCAGAAAUUGUACUUGAAAGACCAGGUGAUGUCAGGGGAGAGUACAGAGAGCCCGGUGUCACAAACCUCCUUAGUGCCGCGGUUCACAAAGGCUGGCAGUGAAGAGGACGAGAACUACAUGCCCGACCUCUGCCUGACCAAUUACGACACCCUGCAGGUCAUCAACGACAAGAUCUUUGUCUUCGAGGAGGAGUGGGUGUGGGUACUGUAUGACCGGCACGAGAUGGAGGAGGGAUACCCGAAGCGUUUCCACGACGUCUUCCGCGGGCUGCCACUCAGUAUCAACAUCAUCAAAACUAUUUAUCAGAGACAAAAUGGAAAUGUUGUAAUUUUUUCAGGACGUCGUUACUGGGAGUUCGACAGCUCAUUCCACUUCAUCAAGCAAGGUUCUAUCUCUGAGUACUUAAUACCUGAAGACGUGACGGAGCUGACGACCGUGUUCCUCUCCAACUUUAACAACAAGACGUAUCUGAUUGAGGAGGAGAGAUACUGGCGGUUUGACGAGAGCACGGGUACCAUGGACGCCAAGUACCCUAAGGAAAUGUCCAUGUGGAGACAGGUGCCUUACCCUGUGGACGCUGCUGUCGUGUGGAAGGGAGACACCUACUUCUUCCAAGGUCCUCGGUUCUGGAGGUUCGACAACGAGCUGGUGCAGGCACACGAGUACUACCCGCUGCCGACGGCGCAGGUCUGGUUCAAAUGCAAGUCCACCAGCGAGAUGGACCGAUACGUCACUAACGACGGACCGUAA